AUGAGAUACGCACAAUUGGUGGUUGGACCUGCAGGCAGUGGAAAAUCCACUUAUUGCUCGAUAUUAAGUGAACAUGCGAGUAGUGUUAACAGAACUAUUAAUGUCGUUAAUCUUGAUCCAGCUGCUGAAUAUUUUAAUUACAAUCCAUUGGCAGACAUAAGAGAUUUAAUUCAAGUUGAUGAUGCAAUGGAAGAUGAAGAUUUGCAUUUUGGUCCAAAUGGUGGUCUCAUCUUUUGCAUGGAAUACUUGUUAAAAAAUAGUGAAUGGCUCAAAGAAGAAUUAGGAGACAUGGAUGACGAUUACAUUUUAUUUGAUUGUCCUGGACAAAUAGAAUUAUACACUCAUAUGAAUACAAUGAAAGAAUUAGUUGAUUUAUUAGAAAAAUGGGGAUUUAGAUUAUGUUGUGUGUUUUUACUAGAUGCACAAUUUAUGGUUGAUGGUGCCAAGUUUAUAUCAGGUACAAUGGCAGCUUUAAGCGUUAUGAUUAAUUUAGAACUCCCUCAUGUGAAUAUAAUUAGUAAAAUGGAUCAAUUGAAAAAAAUUCAAAAAGCUCAAUUAGAUGGUUUUUUAGAACCUGAUCCUCAUUAUCUCCUUGGAUCCCUAGAAUCAAAAUCUUUAUGGAGUGGAAAAUAUAGGUCACUAACAGAAGCAAUAGGUCAAAUAAUUGAAGAUUAUAGUUUAGUUAGAUUUCAUCCUUUGAAUAUUAAAAAUGAAGAAAAUAUCGGUGACAUUCUUUUAACUAUUGAUAAUAUUCUUCAAUUUGGCGAAGAUGCCGAUGUUAAAACUCAUGAUUUUGAUUAUCAAGAUGAUAAUGAUGAUAAUAUUGGAUAUGACUGA